CUAGCGGAGCAACAACAACGACUACCGCUUCACGGAGCGGUGACCGUUUGUAACAGAACACAAGCGUCUAUUACCCACUCAGGUGCCGGUGCCAGAGUGCCCUUCAACAACAAGGGGUCCGCAAUGUUGAACCCGACCAAUGGCGACCCGAGCCACGUUGUUGUGAACUAUGUUGAGGAGUAUUUGGACCUGGUGGAGUCUCUACCCUUUGACUUGCAGAGGAGUGUGUCCCUCAUGAAGGAAAUUGAUGCCAAGUAUCAAGAUGUUCUGAAGGAGCUUGACGAUGCUUAUGAACGGUAUCGCCGGGAGUCUGACACGCUUCAGAGGCGAAAGCUUCAGUUAUCCAUUCAGAGAGCGCUGAUUCGUAGUCAAGAGCUCGGAGAUGAGAAGAUCCAGAUUGCCGGUCAAAUGGUGGAGUUGGUUGAGAACCGAACGCGACAAAUCGACUGGCAUUCUGAACUUCUCCUUUCCUCUCAAGAAGUCCCGGAGAGUCAAGUUCCCACAGCGACCUCCACGACGCCCACCGCCGCCGCGUCCACGGUGUCCUCGUCGUCGCCGUCAUCGGCCGCCGCUACUCCGGGCAAAACGGGCCACCACGAAAAGAAGCGCGACGAGGUCACCCCCAGCUCAGCUGCCGGAGACAAGGCCGGAGGCAAACGCUCAAGACGUCAGAAAAAUGGCGACACUCGUGAGAGCUACGGGGGUCCGGAUCACGCGGAGGACGCAGGCGUCGGGGCGUCCCGGGAAAAGAGGGCUAAAACGUCUUCGAAGAAGAAGAAAAGGUCCAAAGGGAAAUCCGAGAGAGAAGUGUCGCCCCCGGACCUGCCCAUCGACCCGGAUGAGCCGACGUACUGCCUGUGUGAGCAGGUGUCCUACGGCGAGAUGAUUGGCUGCGACAACGACGAAUGUCCCAUCGAGUGGUUUCACUUCUCCUGCGUUGGGCUCCAUCAUAAGCCCAAAGGCAAGUGGUACUGCCCCAAGUGUCGGGGGGAGAACGAGAAGACCAUGGACAAGGCUCUCGAGAGGGCCAAGAAGGACCGGGCGUACAACAGGUAGCUCGCUCUGCCGGGCGCCCAACGGACACUUGUUGCGGGAAAAUAUCGUGUUUCGUCUUUGUUACCAUUUACUGGCAACAACGUUGAAUAGAAAGGAGAGAAGAAAAAGUAAAGAAUUGAGUAAUGUUGUAAAUAGUUAUUUUUGUAACUUCUGUAUGGCUGAGAAACGAGACGGCUGCCUCCUGGUUGGGAUUAUUUGUGAAGAAUGAGCACAGUACAGUACGCCCUGCAUGUAAUUUACAUCCCCUUUUUGUUUCCAUCAUGCAUGCAACAUCUCCCACUCCUUUUUAUAUGCUCACUUCAUUUCACAAAUAA